CUGGUGUGUCGAAUUAUCGCGCGUGCGGUGGGUUCAGAUGAUGGUUUGAGUGUUUACUUUUGACGCUUGAAGGGAGAGACCGCACGACUACACGUGGUCGACUACUACUACCACUAAAGAUGAGAGAGGGUGUUUUUUUUUUGCUGCCGUUCGUUCGUUCUGCGUGCCAUUCACGCGCCACAGACCAAGCAACCAACCAACCAACCAGGCCAGACCAGGCCAGACGAGACCAGUCAGGCCGCCAAACCUCGAGCCAGACGCCAAUGUGCGCGCCAGUCCGCGUAAUACCAUCGUACGGAAAGGGUGUGCGACCGAGCACCAGAGCGAAGCGUGCGUGCGUGCAAACGAACGACCGGGAUUAGGCGUAGUGUGCUGUGGUGCGGUUCCCUUUUGCUGUAGGUGUAGUGCUCCAUCCCGAUAAUCUUCGCUUCAUCUUCGCGGUUUCGAGACGCUAUUAGUGACAAACGCAAAGUGCAUUCCCGGGGUGUGACCGCGUGUACAAUGAUGAUGAUGAUAAGCCGUUGAGAAGUGGAAUGAAGCCGUGUGUCUGCGUGUCCAAGUGCGUUAGAGAAGACGAUCGCGAACAUGAGUGUUAGCUUUGUUACGGUGCGUUACUGAUCAAAAUACCGCGCGUGAUAUCAAGGGCGUGCGUGCGUCCGUGUGUGUAUGUGCCGCGAGGUAGACGAUGGCCUACCUAUCGGAUGUGGAUCUCGCAACGCUACAUAAAUCACGGCUCGAGGAGCGUGUCCAGUACCGGUUAUCGUCGCUGUGGACUCGCGAUACGGAACCAUCAUCAGCAUCAUCAUCGGAUCAGGAAUACCGAACCCAUUCGUCCGGGCCACUACUCACUGGUGCCCACUCAGUGUACCGUGAACGUGCCGGAAACGGUGCAGCAACAACAAUGGCCGCGUCCCAACGUACUACUCCCAGCGGCAUCACUAGCGGCAUCGAUGGUACAACCGUCGGCCGUCGAUCACGGUGCGAUCUCGUGAACAACAAUCACAUCGUACUCGCAACGGAAACGGCAUCCUCGAUGCAGGAGCGCAUCCUACAGCAAUCGUACGGGAUGCGACAGCGUUCGAUUUUGGGCCAAGGUUACGAGCGAGAGCGCCCUUGUGAUAGACCAAUGGCGACGACAACGGUCACGACGGCGGUGACACCAUCGUCGAAGGCUUUGUUGCAGCAACAGCACCAUCACCAUCAUCACCUACAGCACCAUCCGGCCACGAUCAGCUUCGAUGGUCAUGUGAUACGCCCUAGGAUAAGAAGUAGCAAUAGCAUGUCAAGCAGUGGCACCAGCAGUAGUAGUAGCAGCAGCAGCAGCAGCAUCGGUAGCAGUAGUACCAGUAGUACCGGCAUGAUGAUGGCGGCAACUUAUGGCGGCCACAGCAUCCUCGGGAGCAGCAGUAGCAGCAAUCGAACCGGCGCCAAACACGUCGAGUGGAGCGAUGACGAUCAUCUGCACGACGAUGGCUACUUCUCGUCCGAUACGCGUCGAAGAAGGUCCGGCACCUGGCCGCGAACACGAAGUCUGAACGCACCAUCACCGUUCCAACAGUUUGGACCAUGCGGUCGAAUUAUGAAAAACUCGGCGAUGGUGAUGCAAAUCCAGGAUCCAGCUAGCCAGCGGCUGACGUGGUACAAACCGCCGCUAGCAGUGCUGGUCAUCAAGAAGGUGCGCGACUCGAAGGUACUGCAACCGUUCGUUGAGCUGGUCGAGUGGUUAAUCCACGAGAAGCACAUGGUGGUGUGGGUCGAGGCGGCCAUCCUCGACGAUGCUCUGCUCACCGGUGACAAGCGCUUCACGAAGCUGCAGGAUAAACUGAUCACCUUCAAGGAUGGUCGGGACGAUCUGACGGACAAGAUCGAUUUCAUCAUCUGUCUCGGUGGCGAUGGUACGCUGCUGUAUGCGUCGCUUCUGUUCCAGAAAUCGGUUCCACCGGUGAUGGCGUUCCAUCUCGGUUCGCUCGGUUUCUUGACCCCGUUCCAGUUCGACAACUUUCAGGAGCAAGUGACGAACGUACUCGAGGGCCACGCCGCACUGACGCUUCGUAGCCGUCUUCGUUGUAUCAUCGUGCGGAAGGACAAAACGGAACAGGAGAUCUCGACCUUCAAAUCGUCCCAGGAUCCUUCGAACAACAUACUGGUGCUGAAUGAGGUGGUCAUUGAUCGUGGUCUUUCGUCGUACCUGAGCAACAUCGAUCUGUUUUUGGACGGCAAGCACAUCACAUCGGUCCAGGGUGAUGGGUUGAUCGUGUCGACACCGACGGGCAGCACGGCGUACUCGGCGGCAGCCGGUGCAUCUAUGAUUCAUCCCUCCGUGCCGGCCAUUCUCGUUACCCCGAUCUGUCCGCAUUCGCUCAGCUUCCGACCGAUCGUACUGCCGGCGGGUGUCGAGUUGAAGAUUGCGAUUUCACCCGACAGUCGCAACAGCUCUUGGGUGUCGUUUGAUGGACGAAAUCGUCAGGAGCUCUUACACGGUGAUAGUCUACAUGUGACAACCUCAAUCUACCCAGUGCCGAGCAUAUGCGCCCAGGAUCAGAUCGCCGAUUGGUUCGAUUCGCUAGCCGAGUGUCUCCACUGGAACGUGCGCAAGCGGCAAAAGUGUCUCGACGAGCUGUCCGAUCUGACCGGUUCUGGCGCGGAAGAUGGUGGCAGUGGUGGAAGCAGUGGUCGCGGUGGUGCAGAAAAAAUCGAUGGCAUUAUCCGUGGUAUGGAGAAGUUGGGAAAUUGAAUCAGAACUAGGCAUGGAAGCAACCGCAGUGAGUGAGCUAGAGGAUCGCGAAAGUGGAGUGCACUAUAAGCAAUCAAAAUGGAAUGUGAGAUUCGCCGAGGAUCGAAUCGGUCCUUCGGAUGUAUUAGCAUCGGCUGUAAGCUGAUUGGUGUGCUAAAGCGGGAAGGUCAAGGAAACGGACGGAUAGGAUACAAAGUAGAACCGUUAGGCUAUGUGUUGCGCCGCCAAGAAUGGAUCUAUCUCUUGCUUUUAAAUUUUGAUCUUUUAAUAUUUUGUUUUAGCUCUACUACCGUUUCGUUUGGUUGUCCCUUUUUUUUGUUAUUAGCUCUUUCUCGGUUGAAUUUAAAGUGCGGCCAGCAGCAGCAAUAAUAACGGAUUGCAACUACCUAGCUGUCUAUUAAAAACAAGAUCGUUAAUCGUUGAGGUAACUUCAAGUUCGUUAUGUGCACUGUUGUUUGCUGUUGCUAUUUCAUUAACAGCCGCGUUUAAAAGCCUCGAGCAAACGGUGUACAACCGCAAACACACAAACAGAUACUCCGUUCCAUGCCGUUUUCCGGGGUCCGUGGCUUGCGUAGCUUUUGUCGGGUUGGCGUGGUUUUGUUAAGUUUUUUGUGAUGACUAGCAUUGAGGUGUAAAGUGUAGAAGAAAGAGAGAGAGAGAGAUCAUCGUCGCCGCACAAGCAACAGAUGGUCGUUGUCCCGUUGUGUCCUUAGCUUUUUGGAAAUUGUUUGUAAGACAUUAUAGCGCAUAGCAUUCCCGGCGGUGUGAAAGAUAUUUUGUUUGUUGCUCCAGAUGGUGUGGGUCCACAUCGGCAGAAGGAAUUGAACCGUACGUGUACGCGCACGUUAAAGAAUGAUCGUUCGUUUCCUUGAUGCUCAAAUACCUUUUGCUACCGCUACAGCUGCUUGAUUUACUUUGUGAUAGUAUCGAUCGAGAGCCUCUCAAAUUGCGAGUGUGCGCGCGCUGCUGGUGUGGUAGAAGUGUUCAAUAACCGCAAACCGAUCCUGCCCCGGUGUUCGCUCUUCGAUGCUGAAACUGAAACAGAAGCGAUGAAAGCAAAAGUGCAAUGCACCGUUCUUCGUUGCACAACGGCGCAAAGUAGUAUUUCUCACACAACACCAUCAUGAUCAAGAACUGUACUGGUAGCGCAAAUAUACCCGCAUUGAAACACACGCCCAGAGACGCGAUCAGCAAUGGAAUUUAGAUAAAGUGAGGUAAAAUGAAUAUGUAUGUGUGUGAGUGUUUGUAUAUGCGGUAGGAGGGCAGGUUCUCGAUAUCGAAAGAGUAUUGAUCGGUAGAAAAUUUAUACGAAAAACGAGAGCAGAAAAAGACACAAAAAAAGAAACAAACCAGCUGUUUAAGUAUACUAUUUAAUAAAUGCGAGCAUACGGUUUACAAUCGCAAACCAUCGAUUGAUGUCUUCGUUUCGCUCACGGCUUCUCUCA